AUGGAGGAAACGCCCUCGAAGGAUACGCUGGCCGAAUUAUAUCCACAAUGCUUGUCACUUAGGAAGGAACUAGACUCUCUUCUCCGGACAAUAUCUUCCCCAGCAGCUCCAUUGCACCAAGGGUGCCGAUCCUUUGCUGGUGGACCUGUAGGCCAGGAAGGUGCGGUAAAGGGCGCAGAAGCACCUUUUGGGGGCUGGGAAGUUCGAGGAAACGGGGGUUCGUCGGUGGCGAAGCUGCAGCGAUUCUCAGCCCUUACACGCCAGUUUUGCAUUCUUGUCCUCAGUCUACAAGAUGCACUCGCAUCGGCGAAGUCUGGCGGUUUAUCGCGGAAUAUGCACUCAGUGUGGGAGCGAAGGAUCCAGGACAUGGUGGCGGAUGCGGAAAGUUUCAGAAGAGAAGCAGAAAGCCGCAUGAAUCUGGAACAGCAGCGGCUCCAGGAGGCAAUGCGGGACCGAAAAGCACUACUUGGUCAAGCUGACCGCAGCAAGAGAUGGGGGGACAUGCGCAACGCCGAGCUUAUGUACGCUAAGGAGAGGGAUCGUCUACAGGAAUCCCGAACAAUGCUGGACUCGGUGCUGUCUCAAGGUUGGAGUGUUGUCGGGCAGCUCGUGUCGCAGAACGCUGCACUCAAAAGUGCGCGGCGGAAAGUGCUUGAUAUGGCCAGUAGUUCGGGAGUUGCUUCUACCUUACUGGGAGCGGUCGGUAGAAGGCAGCAAGGAGACAAGUGGCUAGUGUAUGGUGGAAUGAUCAUAACCCUCAUCUUUUUUUUCGUAAUUUACAGACUGGUCCAUCAUGGUAGCAUCUUCGGUUUUUCCUCUGUGACGGAAGAGGUGGACGAUGCUACCAUUCGUGAAUUCACUCCUUCCCAUUAG